GUCGCGGGGCUGUCGCGCUGUCGCCGCGUCGGGCCCAACUCGCGAUCCCAACUUUGAUCCAUUGGAAACUUUUCAACGCAAAUUUUCGCUGUGUUCCGUCGGCCGCGCUCAUAGUCCGCUCCCGUUGUCGAUUCGCGACGUGUCCCGGCGUCCGCGAGCGACGCUACAUGCACCGUUGCGCGUGUCCAACGCACACUCGGUCUAUUUUUGAAUAUUCACUAAACGCUCCGACGCGAAGUUUUCGAAACGCAGCCCGCCGCCGGUGCCGGGUUAACGGCCCCAGUGUGCAACACGCUUGCACCGCAUCUCCUGUGUUUUUGUUGACGGAUAACAUUUGUGUUGUUAACCUCUUCGGUCGAAACGGUGGAACGUUAUCUUUACGUUUGUGCGGGGCCACGCCCGUGUAAUCUUUGGCUGGGAAUCCGAUGGCUACGGAUGAUGUCGGUUUAGUGGUUACUCGGUGAUCGGUGAUAGUGAGUCGUUGGCAGUGAGAUUAUCGCCGCGCCGCGCAGUGCGCCAGUGUGUAGUUGCCAUUCAGUGGUUCAGUGAUGUGACAUUCUAUGGAAGUAUCGGGGCGUACUCGGAAUGUUCACCAAGCACGGCAAGGCCCCUGAGAGGUGCCAUCAUCUCCACUCGCAUAGGAGCUGUAAGAAGAAAAAGCCACCUCCACACACGCCGUGGAAGUACUUGAUGAAUUGCCCACUCGUUAGAAAAUGUUUUGGUCUUCAGUUGCGGAGCAUAGAGGAGCCGGCGGGUGCGGGGAGUGCGGGCGGGGCGGGCGCGGGGAGUGGCGUGCCCGCGCCGGCCUGCUACGACGCCGAAUGCGCCCGCACCGAAGCAUGGCUCGAUGAGAAUCAAGAUUUCGUGCACGACUACUUUUUAAGGAAAGCGACGCGGCAGGUGGUUGAUGCUUGGCUGGUGUGCCAUGCAACGCCGCCCAGCGCCGAGCUCGCGUCUCCCUCGCGUGCCGGUUCCGGCUCGGGAGCCACCACACCUGUCAGGAAGAUCUCUGCGCACGAAUUUGAGCGCGGCGGUCUGCUGAAGCCGUUGGUGACGACGGUGGACGGCACGCCCACGUUCCUGGGCGAUACACCUCACGCCGCGCCCGCCCGCCCACAACGUCGUUCGCGACAUGAGCUGAGACAGCUGGAUGAAAAGGAACUCAUAUUUGAACUAGUAAAAGACAUCUGCAAUGAGCUGGAGGUGCGCGUGUUAUGUCACAAGAUAUUACAAAACGUGUCCAUUCUGUUGGAUGCGGACCGCGGCUCGCUGUUCUUGGUGCAGGGCGAGAGAGCCGCUUCGCCUCAUCCACAAAACGGAAGGUGUCUCGUGUCAAAGCUGUUCGAUGUCUGCUCGAAGUCAACGCCAGAGCAGAUGGAACAGUUGGAGGAGAUCCGUAUCCCGUGGGGCAGCGGCAUCGUCGGCUAUGUUGCUGAGAGCGGGGAGCCUGUUAACAUACCUGAUGCAUACAAGGACGAAAGAUUUAACCACGACAUUGAUCAGCAAACUGGUUAUAAAACAAGGUCUCUACUCUGUAUGCCGAUUAAGGAUAUCAACGGAGAAGUGAUUGGCGUUGCUCAGGUUAUAAACAAACAGAGUGACGGACCCUUCACGGCGUAUGAUGAGAAAGUCUUCGCUUCGUACCUUCAGUUUUGUGGCAUUGGGCUUCGGAAUGCACAGCUCUAUGAAAGAUCGCAACUGGAAGUUAAACGGAAUCAAGUGUUGCUGGAUCUGGCGAGGAUGGUGUUUGAAGAGCAAAGCACUAUCGAGCACAUGGUUUUGAGGAUACUUACACAUACGCAGAGCCUUAUCAGGUGUCAGCGGGUACAGGUACUUCUAGUCCACGAAGCGUCUAAAGGCAGCUUCUCUCGUGUGUUCGACCUGGAGGCUGGAGAUGAGACGGAGCCGAGGACUUCGCCCUAUGAGAGCAGGUUCCCCAUCAACAUUGGCAUCACGGGCUACGUCGCCACCACUGGAGAAACAGUCAACAUCGCGGACGCAUACCUGGACGCGCGGUUCGACCCCUCCGUGGACGAAGAUGCUGGCUUCAAACAUAACACAAUUCUAUGUAUGGCUAUCAAGAAUUCAGAAGGAAGAAUUAUUGGUGUUAUACAGCUUGUUAACAAAUUCGACGGCCUCCUGUUUACGAAGAAUGACGAGAACUUUGUGGAGGCGUUCGCGAUAUUCUGCGGCAUGGGCAUUCACAACACGCAUAUGUACGAGAAAGCUAUCACUGCUAUGGCAAAGCAGAGCGUCACACUCGAUGUUUUAAGUUACCACGCAUCCGCCUCUAUAGAUGAUGCUCAGAGACUACGGACGUUACGGAUACCUUCGUCAGUGCACUUCAAGUUGCACGAACUGGAUUUCGAUGACGUCGACCUAUCCGAUGAGGACACAUUACGCGCGUGUCUGCGCAUGUUCUUAGAUCUGGACUUCGUGGAAAGAUUCCAUAUCGAGUACGGAGUACUCUGUCGCUGGCUGCUCAGCGUCAAGAAGAACUAUCGCAAUGUCACGUAUCACAACUGGAGGCACGCCUUCAACGUCGCUCAGAUGAUGUUCGCUAUAUUGACUGAGACUCAGUGGUGGAAGAUCUUUGGAGAGCUGGAGUGUCUCGCCCUGAUCAUCGGCUGCCUUUGUCACGACCUCGACCAUCGGGGAACCAAUAAUUCCUUUCAAAUCAAGGCGUCAUCACCGCUCGCGCAGCUGUACUCUACAUCAACAAUGGAGCACCAUCACUUCGACCAGUGCCUGAUGAUCCUCAACUCGCCUGGAAACCAGAUCCUCGCCAAUCUCUCCUCCGAUGACUACGAGAGAGUCGUCAAAGUUCUAGAAGAUGCUAUACUCUCCACAGACUUGGCUGUUUAUUUCAGCAAGCGCACAGCAUUCAUCGAUCUGGUGAGCCGGGAGCGUGGUGUGGGGGGAGUGGGGUGUGUGGGGGGUGUGGGCGGGGCGUGGGGCGCGUGCGGAGAGCGGCGCGGUCUGCUGCGCGCCAUGCUGAUGACGGCCUGCGACCUCGCCGCCAUCACCAAGCCCUGGCCCGUCGAGCGCCGCGUCGCCGCACUCGUCGCCGGAGAGUUCUUCCGACAGGGGGACCUCGAGAGGCAUAACCUCAAUCUCACGCCUAUCGAUAUAAUGAACAGAGACAAAGAAGACGAACUGCCCGCCAUGCAGGUUAAAUUCAUCGAUACCAUCUGCCUUCCUAUAUACGAGGCGUUCGCAGUACUAUCUCCAGCGUUACAACCGAUGCUGGACCGAGUGAAGAGCAAUCGAGCACACUGGAUCGAUCUGGCCAACAACGAUAAAUCUGAAAAAUUCGAUUACGGCAUGGAGAAGGAGAAAGAGGAAAGAAACGACAAAUCCAGCGCCAGUUCGCAUGAAGAAGAACAUGAAGACAGCAGCGGUGCGGGCAGUUUAUCAUCUGAUACUAACUCAAAGUACGACCAACUUGAGAAUCCAGUAGUCGGUCUAGUCUCUAAUAACGCGCUAAUGCCGCGAGAACCUAAAUUCUGUCAUCUUAAUGAACUUAAUUGAUUGCUGACAUCAAUAAGAAUAUAAUAAGCUAUCUUAUAAAAUUGUAUUUAACACCAUAACAUAUUGAAUUAGUUCGACCUUGACGAUUUGAAUAGAUCUGGCAUCUCAGAGAUAUCAACUCGCGUAAUAAUUUGGUAUAAUUUAACGAAAUAAUUUCAUAUCUUUAAACUGAGGAUACUUUAAAUUUAAAAUCAUAAUUCGAUAAUUUAUUACCAAUUUUUGUAUAAUUUAGAGUUAUAGAGAUGCCAAAUCGAGUAUAGGAACUUUGUUUAUUACGCUUUACUGAUCUGCGUAUGACUCUUAUCAUUUUUGUAUCACUACUAACUGUUGCCCGCGACUCCGUCUGGGAUUAAUAUAUAGUAGCAGAUCAGUCCUACUGAAUAUACAUAUAACAUUUCAUAAAAAAUUGGUCAAGUCGUUUCCGAGGAGUAUGUUAACUAACAUUGUGACACGAGAAUUUUAUAUAUAAGAUGUGUGAAGGGACGUUGUAAUGCACUUAGUGUGUACAUCCACUUAAAGGAAUUGAUUCUUUUAAGAGUAGACAGUAAUGAGAUGAUUAUAUGAUAGAUGUAAGGCCAAAAUUAACAAAAAUAAACCGGCCUAAGUUUAACCCAAUCUUAAUUGAGAAAUAGCAAUGUAUUUCUGUCGACAUUUUUUAACUUUGUUAAUUUAUAAUCUUACUAGCUAUAUUAUAAAUUGUCGGAAAAUUUAACCUUUUAUCGACAAUGUAAUAUGGCUUGUAUUGAUAAACAUAUGUUGAAUCGGUCCAAUAUUUGUUUUUUAUAUUUUAUUUCUCUUUCGUGACUUAAAAAUUAUUAAAUUAAAUUCGUAGUUGUUUUACGAAGUAAUUUCGUAUUUAAAACAGUAACAAAUAGAUUAAUCUAAAUCUCUAAAUAACCUCAUUCAUCUAUUCCUGCAAACACGAAGAGUUUCGUGUGAAAAUAUAUUAUACUAGCGAUAGCCCGCGACUUCGUUAGCGUAAAAU